GGGCUUCCUUAUUAGCUGCUUUAGUACCUUCGCGAUCCUCAAAGGUCGAAGAAUGAGACAAGAACGUUUACCUGGUCGUCGCAUAUCCGUACACACUCCCAAACUAUCAAACCAUCAUCGAUGCCCACAUACAGCAUCAACUGUCGGCAGCUUGCAAAGUACGUGUAACUCAUGCUCACCUGAACUGUGCGAUCCGACAAUGGGGUCUAAUAUGGACCUAGUGCGUGCUGAAACUACACGCUACCCGUGCAGCGACGGCGAUACACAGAAUGUGCACUUCGAGAUGUCGGUGCUCGAGCAUCCUGAACCCGUAUUGGACAUUGUAUCCGUCUUACAUCGCCAUCCACCUGAUACAAACCUGGUUUGACACAUCUUCACAUGUUCCUCAACAUAGCGCGGACUGUCUGGAAAUGCAGUCCAAGUUGUCGCAUUCCUUGAUACAGGA